UACACCAGUAAAUAACCAAAAUAACCAAUCGUCAUAUCUUGGUUUUAACGAAGGAGAUGAAGCUUUGUUUCUCUUAGCUGAAAGAAAUAGACGACAAAAGCCUAUUACCGAAACUGGGAUACUUCGGAAAAAUAAUAGUGUAACGAAUCAGGAUAAUUCGACAAGCCUAAUAGAAACCGAAGCAGUGUUGAUACCAGAUAUUGAUGUCGAGAUGGGAGACAAUAAAGGUGGAAACGAUAAUUAA